AUGAAAGGUCACUGUCAGCACAACUGCUCUGUGGUGGGAGAGGGCGGCUAUAUCUGUGUCUGUCCCCGUGGAUAUCAAAUCCAACUCAACGACACAAAACUUUGCGAAGAUAUCAAUGAAUGUUCGGGUUUUGGUCACAACUGCUCCCAGACUUGUGUCAACAUUGAGGGCACCUAUACCUGUAAAUGCAAACAAGGCUUUGAGAUGAUUGACGAACGGUGUGUCGUCAAGAGUGAAGUGCCGGCUUUUGUCUUAUACACUGACGGACCUGAUAUAAGAGCUGUUGAUUUGUCGCAACAACACCAGUCAUCAUUGGUCGCCGGCGAGAGUCGUGUCCAGUCUUUAGACUUUGAUCCAAUCACCGAUAUACUCUAUUGGACCGAUACUUACGAUAAGACGAUAAAGAGAGCAGUGAUUCCAAACCCAAGUGAUCCUGAGCAUGGAAAUGGUUUCUCACAAAAUCUGGAUCUCAAAGGUCUUACAAAACCAGUGGACAUUGCCGUCGAUUGGGUCGGGAGGAACCUGUAUUGGAUGGACAUGGAUCUGUCAAACAGCAAACCCAAAGGACGCAUAUUUGCCAGUCUUCUCGACGGUCGAUAUCGCAAAGCAGUGGUC